ACUCAUAAAUUUCAAGGUGCAUGCAUGUAGAGGUCUACAGUGAUGAGUGGGAGAGAUCUUCAUAUGUUUAACACAAACUACAGCGCAGAAGAUGUGGAAAAACUGACGCUGCGAAUGAAAAAUGGUCUUGGCAGCUCAAAGUACAAACCGGCUGAAUAUGAAAGAUUACAAGCCAUUGUUGAUGCCAAACGACUGGAGUCUAAUCUAAUCGGACAAAAGGUUCAAAAGAGUUUGUGUGCAGCCAAAGCAACCAAGGAAAGCUCCAUAUUACGGCAGCACAGACAGGUGUGGAGCAGAGAGUGCCCCAGGCUGCACAAGGCUGAGAAGAAGGCUGAGAAGGAUGUAUUUGAUUUUUUAGAGGAAAUCACGCCAAACGGUCGAACAGACACUGCCAUCUUCUCACUUCAAGACUAUGAGUUUUUCCUAGAGCGAGAGCAGGAGGCAUUUAGGACUGCCACAGUAGAGCCUGUUCAUCAGCUCAGGGAUGAUUUGUGCCUCAGACUGGGUGAAGUUCAACAUCAACCGCUCACUGACCAUCCAUCAAAUUGGGAUCAAGUAAUACAACAGAUAAACUUUGUGAAGGACCAACAAGAGGACAUAAUUAGAAAACUUAAUUCAGAAUAUGUUGCUUUGGAGGAAGAAAUCAUGGCCCUUGAACUGGAGAAAAUUUUCCCUACUACCUCCGACACUGUGGUGAUCACAGAAAAGGCUCCAAAGGAGAUUUUGGAUUCUGAUUGCCCUUACCCAGAACUAAAAUCCUCCUUAAUUGAGGCCUUCUGCUCACUGUCAGAAACAUAUCGAAGCAGGCUGCAGAGUCUCCAAGAGAAACUGAAUAAAACAGACAGAUUCUGUGGCUGGUGUGCAGAUGACCACUCACAGUUCCAGUUUAUAUUAUCUCAAUAUACCAGUGACGUAACUGACAACAGAGCCCUCUGCAUGGACAUGCUGCAAAGACUCUUCCCUGAGAGAACUAGACAAGAGCUGAUGGAGCAUGAACGCCUGUGGGACUGGCAGCACUUCACUCAAACACAGCUCAGUGCGUUGACCCAGCAGUGGCAGCGGGAUCACGAAGAGCUUCUGGCCAGAGCCUUGGUCACCCUGGAGGAGGCAAAGCAUACCCACCAGGAGGAGCUGGAGCUCCACAGAGACCGGCAGCACCAGCAGGACAUCUGUUCUCAACUCAGAACGAAGCUGCAGCAGUGGCGGGCCCAGCAGGAGGAGGUGGCAAAGCUGGAAGCAGCUAUAGCUGUGAGACGACAGGAGGCAGAAGAAGCGAGGCUGAGGAGGGAACGGGAGAGGGAGGAGGCUGUCAGGUCACAGCAGAAGGAAAAAGUGAGGCAGUUUUAUUUAAAGCAGAAGAAGAGGAGGGAGGAGACGGAGCAGAGGGAUCAGGAGAGACUCGCUAAACUGAGGAGCAUCAUGGAAAAACAGGCGAGGCGGGAUAAGGACAGGGUGAUGUUUCGGGCAGAGAUGUUACAGCGACGCAGGGAGGAGAGAGAGGCGCGAGAGGUCGAGCGUCAGAGAGAUGAAGAAGAGAGACAGAAACGUCUGGAAGCGCUCAGAAACCAGGUUAAGGUGGUGGUGGAUGCUGACCCACAGAGGGUGAUGGCAGACACCGAGGCUUGGAGGAGUCGACAUGUGAAUAUGGAAGAUUUGGAUCUCCAAAAGCCUCUGUACAGUAUAAACACAUACACUGACACACAGAUUGUGUCUGAUCCCAGAGUUCGGGUUGAGCAGGCUCUGCGGGAAGCCGGUUUACACCAGAGCCAGUACGCCAAAGAGGUUCUGUCUGUUAUUAAACCCCCUAAGUCUCCACGGCGAGAUACCAAAUCCAUACUUAAAUUCUGAUUAUGUUCACCUAACAUUACAUUUUAUGUUAACAGUUUACUUCAAGCCUCCUGUGGAGCAUUUAUGUGCAUUGUAAAAAACAACCAAAAACUCUGAAGCAAGUGUAAUUCUUAAGUAAUGUAUUUGUUAAUAAGUAACUCCUCUGAUGGGAACUCCUAAGUUCACUCUGGUGUACCAACAGAUGCUUAAGGGCAGUUUCAUAACACACAGCCAUUGCACACAGCUCUAUUUUUAAAGAAAGCAGUAAUGUAAUUGACUAAUAACAAAUAAAUACAGUAUUUGUUGUCUACUCUGUGA